GCAAAAGCAGUUCCACUGUGUCAGUGUCUACUCAAGGAGAAGGCAGCACACCCAGGGAACAAGGCACUGCAGCUACAAGCCCAGGAACCUCAGGAACAAGAGCAGGAACAGAUGCAGCCACCACUGCAGCUCCUGGAACGAGCACAUCUGGAGGAACAGGCACACCCAAAGUGUCUUCUGCAACAACCCCUGAAGCAGCUGUCAGCAGCAGCCCUGUGACAGGAAUCACUGGAGCCCCAGGUUCUGGCUCUUCUGGAACACUAGCUUCUUUCACCUCCUCAGUGGUAACUGGAGGCACCACAGCAUCCCUGCACUCUAGCCUCACCAGUUCUGGGACCACAGAAGGCAAAGGAAGUCCCACUGUGUCAGUGUCUACUCAAGGAGAAGGCAGCACACCCAGGGGACAAGACACUGCAGCUGUAAGCCCAGGAACCUCAGAAGAUCCCACUAGACCUACAUCCAGUGAUGAGGAAGACAGCACAUCCAAGGAACAAGGACCUGCAGCUACAAGUCCAGGAACCUCAGAAGAUCCCACUAGACCUACAUCCAGUGAUGAGGAAGACAGCACAUCCAAGGAACAAGGACCUGCAGCUACAAGUCCAGGAACCUCAGCCACAAGUGGAAGAACAGGUGCACCAACUUCUAGAGCCACUGCAGGAAGCACAUCUGGAAGAACAGGAACCAUAAACACUUCUGGAGUCUCCACCACUGUGAGACCUGACACAUCGACUAGACCAGUCAGGACUUCUGCUACAAGCAGUGCAGCCACAACUCUGGAGUCUUCUAGUGUAACCACAACAACAGUCAAAGGGCAAGGACAUGGCAAUGACACAGCAUUCAGAGACGGUGAAGGCGGUCCCACUAUGCCCAUGCCUGCUCAAGGAGAAGCCAGUACACCCGGGGAGCAAGACUCUGCAGCUACCACUCUAGGAACCUUGGGUUCAACAGGGCCAUCUUCAGGAACCAGCUCAGGAGCAGGCAAUGGAAACUCACUUAGAACACCAGGCACAGGGACCUCCAGCUCUGUUACAACACCAGAAAUCCAAAUGUUUGACAACAGCACUGUUGACAGGUUGGGAAAGAAACAGGUGGCACUUCGUGCCUGGCAGGUGGGCACUCACCAUGACACACCCCACGGAGGCCAGCCAGACAAAGGGAACAAACCUCCAGUCAUUUACCCUUCGGCCCAGAAGGCCUGCAUUAGUGCUCUGUGGUGCAUGAAUGUCACAUCUGGAGAAUCAACUAAAGUGAAAGAGACAUCCACAACUUCUGUAGGGACAACAUUUCAAUCUACUGUAGUGUCAGACCAAAUUACACUAUCCACAGGCCCUACAAUGACAACUGGACAUUCAUCAACUCAUGGAAUACAAACAAAUACAGAAAUUGCUAGGGGAACAGGAACAACUAUUUUGUCAACUGGAGUUACUGAGAGAACUUCACAGUCCAUUGGACAAUCAGAAAUUACUGGCUCCUCAACUAACACAGCAGAAACAACUAAGGAAUCUGUAACUGGCUCAGAGUCAACUGGCACACCAACUAGAGGAACAGAGGCAGAUACUACCUCAGCUGGAGAAGCAAUACAAACUACACCAACACCUAGAGUGACUGUGACAUCUCGACAAACAUCUGGUACCACAACAGAAAGCACUCCGUCAGUUUCAGUGUCAGAAAGUACAGUAACAACUGGUAAACUGACUGUGACAUCUGGGCAAGCACCUGAAGUGAAGGAGACAUCCACACCUUCAAUAGGGAACACAAUCGGAUCGACUGUAGUUUCACAAGAAACUACAAUUUCCUCUGGCCCUACAGCCACAAUUGGACAGUCAUCAACACAUGGACUACAAACAAGUACAGAAACUGUCAGAGGAACAGGAACAACUCUUGUGUCAACUAUAGUUACAGAGAGAACUUCACAAUCCCUUGGACAAUCAGAAACUACUACAUCUCCAACUAAAGCACCAGAAACAACUAAGGAACCUGUAACUGGCACAAGGAUAACUGACACACCAACUAGAGGAACAGAGGCAGAUACUACCUCAGCCGGAGAAGCAAUAGAAACUACAUCAACACCUAGAGUGGCUGUAACAUCUGGACAAACAUCUGGUACCACAGCAGCAACCACUCCAUCAGUUUCAGUGUCAGGAAGUACCGUAACAACAGGAAAAUUGACUGUGACAUCUGGCCAGACCACUAGGGUGAAUUCCACAUCUGGACAAUCACCAGAAGUCAAGGAGACAUCAACACAUUCUGUAGGGAACACAUUGAGAUCUACUGUAGUUUCACACCAAACUACAAUUUCCUCUGGCCCUACAACCAUAACUGGACUGUCAUCAACUCAUGGACUACGAACAAGUACAGAAACUUCUAGGGGAAUAGGAACAACUGUUGUCUCAACUGUAGUUACCAAGAGAACUUCACAAUCCUUUGGACAAUCAGAAACUACUACAUCCCGAACUAAAGAAUCAGAAACAACUAAGGUAUCUGUAACUGGCUCACAGUCAACUGGCACACCAACUAGAGGAACAAAGACAGAUACUACCUCGGCUGGAGAAGCAAUAGAAACUGCAACAACACCAAGAGUGGCUGUGACAUCUGGACAAACAUCUGGUACCACUGCAGCAACCACUCCAUCAAUUUCAGUGUCAGGAAGUACAGUAACAACUAGUAAAUUGACUGUGACAUCUGGUCAAGAACCUGAAGUGAAGGAGACAUCCACACCUUCUGUAGGAAACACAGUGAGAACUACUGUAAUUUCACACCAAACUACAAUUUCCUCUGGCCCUACAACCAUAACUGGACUGUCAUCAACUCAUGGACUACAAACAAGUACAGAAACUGCUAGGGGAACAGGAACAACUGUUGUGUCAACCAUAGUUACAGAGAGAACUUCACAAUCCCUUGGACAAUCAGAAACUACUACAUCCCCAACUAAAGCAUCAGAAACAACUAAGGUAUCUGUAACUGGCUCACAGUCAACUGGCACACCAACUAGAGGAACAGAAACAGAUACUACCUCAGCUGGAGAAGCAAUAGAAACUGCAACAACACCAAGAGUGACUGUGACAUCUGGACAAACAUCUGCUACCACAGCAGCAACCACUACAUCAGUUUCAGUGUCAGAAAGCACCAUAACAACAGGAAAAUUGACUGUGACAUCUGGGCAAGCCCCUGAAGUGAAGGAGACAUCCACACCUUCAGUAGGGAACACAGUGGGAUCGACUGUAGUUGCAGACCAAACUACAAUUUCUUCUGGCCCUACAACCACAAUUGGACAGUCAUCAACUCAUGGUCUACAAACAAGUACAGAAACUGCUAGGGGAACAGGAACAACUGUUGUGUCAACUAUAGUUACAGAGAGAACUUCACAAUCCCUUGGACAAUCAGAAACUACAACAUCCCCAACUAAAUCACCAGAAACAACUAAGGAAUCUGUAACUGGCUCACAGUCAACUGGCACACCAACUAGAGGAACAGAGGCAGAUACUACCUCAGCUGGAGAAGCAAUAGAAACUGCAACAACACCAAGAGUGACUGUGACAUCUGGACAAACAUCUGGUACCACAUCAGCAACCACUCCAUCAGGUUCAGUGUCAGAAAGCACCAUAACAACAGGAAAAUUGACUGUGACAUCUGGACAAACAUCUGGUACCACAUCAGCAACCACUCCAUCAGGUUCAGUGUCAGAAAGCACCAUAACAACAGGAAAAUUGACUGUGACAUCUGGUCAAGAACAUGAAGUGAAGGAGACAUCCACAUCUUCAGUAGGGAACACAGUGGGAUCGACUGUAGCUACAGACCAAACUACAAUUUCCUCUGGCCCUACAACCACAAUUGGACAGUCAUCAACUCAUGGUCUACAAACAAGUACAGAAACUGCUAGGGGAACAGGAACAACUGUUGUGUCAACUAUAGUUACAGAGAGAACUUCACAAUCCCUUGGACAAUCAGAAACUACAACAUCCCCAACUAAAUCACCAGAAACAACUAAGGAAUCUGUAACUGGCUCACAGUCAACUGGCACACCAACUAGAGGAACAGAGGCAGAUACUACCUCAGCUGGAGAAGCAAUAGAAACUACAACAACACCAAGAGUGACUGUGACAUCUGGACAAACAUCUGGUACCACAUCAGCAACCACUCCAUCAGGUUCAGUGUCAGAAAGCACCAUAACAACAGGAAAAUUGACUGUGACAUCUGGUCAAGAACAUGAAGUGAAGGAGACAUCCACAUCUUCAGUAGGGAACACAGUGGGAUCGACUGUAGUUGCAGACCAAACUACAAUUUCCUCUGGCCCUACAACCACAACUGGACAGUCAUCAACACAUGGACUUCAAACAGGUACAGAAACUGCUAGGGGAACAGGAACAACUCGUGUGUCAACUAUAGUUACAGAGAGAACUUCACAAUCCCUUGGACAAUCAGAAACUACUACAUCCCCAACUAAAGCACCAGAAACAACUACGGUAUCUGUAACUGGCUCACAGUCAACUGGCACACCAACUAGAGGAACAGAAACAGAUACUACCUCAGCUGAAGAAGCAGUAGAAACUACACCAACACCUAGAGUGUCUGUGACAUCUGGACAAACAUCUGGUACCACUGCAGCAACCACUCCAUCAGUUUCAGUGUCAGGAAGUACAGUAACAACUGGUAAAUUGACUGUGACAUCAGGCCAGACCACUAGGGUGAAUUCCACAUCUGUGCAAGCACCUGAAGUGAAGGAAACAUCUACACCUUCGGUAAGGAACACAGUGGGAUCGACUGUAGUUGCAGACCAAACUACAAUUUCCUCUGGCCCUAGUAUCUGUAACUGGCUCACAGUCAACUGGCAUACCAACUAG